AUGCUUCCCAAUCGUCAUAGUUUUCUCCCACGUGAGUUACUUCAUAAACUUUAUUGCAAUUUAAAUGAAACAAUACGCACCAAUACUUUAUAUCGCACGGAUAUAAAAUCUCACUGGAGGAAUGAUGUUAUAUUUAGACAGUUUGCUACAAACAAAAUUACUAAGAAUGAUAAAAACUCCCCGAAAACAACUACAGAUGAUUUGAUACACACAGACUAUGAUGUUCCUAUAAAAUGUACUAAGGAUCAAUGGCUUUACAAAGCCUCAGAUAAGGAAGUAGAACUGUUCAAAAAAUCAAAAUUACUACCAACCAGACCAAUAGAUCUGGAAAAUAGCAUUGUUAUUAGGCUUGUAAGUUUGAAUGAUCCAGUAACAUCGCCUGUCCAUUCAGCGGUUUUAUAUAGUGAAUACGGACUCAGGAAGGAUGAAUUUAUAAAAUUAAUGUUGACGACAAUAGCUGUUUGCUGCACCUUUUUAUACUUGGGCUUUUGGCAACUCAAACGUAGGGAAUGGAAAACCCAGUUAUUAUCUCAACGUGAAAAAUCAUUGAAUUCUCCUCGAGUUAGAAUUGAUUCAUUUAAAGAUGUUUCAAAGCAUUUUGUCCCGAGUGAUGUACCAUAUAAUCCUAAUGCAGUUGAAAAUAAGGAACACGUUUUAUAUAGACAAGUUGAAGCGCAUGGUGUUUUGGAUACAAAUAAAUGGCUUCUUGUAGGGCCACGGCAAUCUCUAACACAUACACGUGGAGAUCAGGCAGGAUACUAUGUUAUUUAUCCUUUAAGGUUUAGAGAUGGUUCUUCAGUUUUGGUGAAUAUGGGAUGGUUAAAAGGAAGUGAUGUAUUUUCCAUGAGGACAACACCAGAGUGGAUUACAGUCAGGGGUAUACUAAUUGAUGGUGAGAUAACCGAAAAAUCUUAUAUUAAACUUAAAAUAAAGGCAAUGACCUUUAUAGAUACUUUUAUUUCACACUUGUUUGGUUAUGAAACUAAUCUUUCCAGUAAAUACAACAGGCCACAACUGAUAAGAGAGGAGGGAGUUAAGGUUUAUACAUACAUGGAUCCACAGUCGAUGGGAGCAGAGAUUAUUUCUAAAUCUCCAUCUGAUACUAAAGGCUAUAUGAUAAAUGUUUAUGAUUCUUUUUUCGAAAAUGAUUCCAAAAUUGUUGCACACGAACAAACAAUCCCUCAGAAACAGGGUAUAAUAGAUUAUCUAUACGAUAUUUUUAAUGGAAUCUUCUCAAAAGACCAAAAAUUGGAAAAUGUUCAAAAUAAUGAAUCAUAUGAACCAAAAUCUCAGAUUGGUCGUAUUACUAGGGAACGAAGCAUAUCCUCUAGGUAUACAUUUGAAAGGAAGCAAAAGUCAGAUUAUCUUUUGUUUUACGCUGACCCAGAAACACAUUUUAAUUACGCAGUUCAGUGGUUUCUUAUGGCGUUAUCAACAUGUGGACUUUGCGUUUAUAAGAUGAUUAGAAUUAGGCGUGUAUUGAAGAUGAAAUAG